AAUAGCUCGUAUUUUUGAGACCUCGUGGAAAAGCUAGAAAAAUUUUUUUGUGGCGUCCCACCCACCACGUCUGAGUUUGUGCGGAUUUCGCUGCAUUUGAAGGAUUCAUUCACGAAAUCAUAGAUGCGAGAAUAUGCCAGAAUCUAGCAUUGAUAACAGGGAUGUAUUGGAGUGCGUUGAAGCCGGAGGUCGCCGUAAGAAAGCAAGAUUUCCUAAUCAGUGGAGUUCGACUAAUACAACACCUCACCAGCGAACAUUGGAACUCGAAGGAGUCAUCGAGGUUUUGCGCGAAUACGAUUCAGUCGAAGGCAAUGAUAUAAACUGCUCUAUUUGUGGAAAACUCUAUAAAAGUAAGGUGUGUUUCACAAAGCACUUAUGGGAGCAUAGCGUUUACUGGGAUCUGUUCGAUGCGCUAAAAAAUCAAGAGCGUGUCUUGUCGAUUCAGGCCGCAAUUAUACUAUCGCAACCAUAUCUGGAAUUUUUGCUCGUAACCUCGCCGACAUCGACAGAAAAGAAGAAAGAAGACCCUAAACCGAAUAGCAUUUAUCGCAAAAAUGCCACAAGAAAAAGGCAACGAGAAUCAUCGACAUGUUCUGUAGACUUUUAAUUUCUUAAAUAUUUUUCCAUAUUAUGUAUAUUAUAUGGUGUGGCAAACGGUCUACACUUGUUUAUAUCACUUGUAAAAGUGCCUUUGAAUUUAUAUAUAUCUAUAAAUAUAUAAGAAGAGAGAAGUUAAAAAAAGGUGUAAAUGAUCAGUAUUUUGUUGUGGGAGAAAGAUUUAAUUCUUGUAUCAUAGACCCACGUUGUGAAUGAUGUUUGUAUUUCGUUUAUUUCCAAAGUGACAAAGCUCGAUAUCUCGAGAUUAAAAAACGAAUUUAUUCUGAAGUUGUUAAAUGCCAAUAAAGUUCAUUGGAUCAAGCUUG